AUGAGGCUUGCUAAAGUUCAUGGAGAUGUAACAUUUGUCAAGAUAUGUGAAACCAUUGCUGCAUAUGAGAAAAGCCAUGAGAUGGCUUACACAAAGGUUGUUGAGAAGCUAUUUGAUGUUAAUUCAGACGUGACGAUGGUGUUAUUGGUGGAAAUAAUGACUAAGAGGAUAGUCAUACCUGCUGUGUUGUUGUUUGAUGGGCAAGAUGAGAAGCUUUUUUCGCAUUACUCCGUCGUUGCAGAGAGGAUUGGUGUUUAUACUAGUAAGGAGUUUUUUGUGUUAAGGUUUAUAGCUGGUUUACCAGAGACUGGAUCUUCAGUCGUUGGUGUUCAUCUUUGUAAUGGGUUGAGGGUGAAAGAUGAGGAAGAAGAAAGACUCUAA